GGCGUUGCCAGCUGUGGACGUGAACUGCCUGCGCACCUGAGAGCCAGAAACACCGACCUGACCUGUGCGGCAGAGACCGGGAUCCAGCUGGCCUGCGACUCGCUGCCCGGGGUCCUGUGGUGAGCUGGUUUGGCGGACAGCAGCGUGAGUGAUGUUGUACCUUCAAAUCCACCACAGCCCGUAAGGAACCCGGACUUCCACACUCGUCAGGGACGACCAGCCUCCUCGUCGCGCUGCCGUCUCGUUCGGCUGAUCCGGUCUGAGCACACAAGAUGGCCACAGACAAACAGUGGUCUGGACUGCUGGAGUCUCCUGCUGAAGAGAUUUGCAUAAUCUUCCUGGAGGAGCAGGAGAGGAGAGGGCAGGAGGAGCAGAGGGAGGUGGGCUGUCAGUGUCCUGAGUAUGCGGAGGAGAAGAAAGAGGUGGGCUGUCAGUGUCCUGAGUACGCGGAGGAGAAGAAGGAGGUGGGCUGUCAGUGUCCUGAGUUUGCGGAGGAGAAGAAGGAGGUGGGCUGUCAGAGCGAAGCAGAAAAGAGGAGAGACGCUGCUGUUCAGGUCAACGUUUUGCCCCAGCUACUCCACUGGAACCAGCCGGAUUCUUCCGCUGUGAUGCUGCAGUGUGUUGGUGUCAAACCAGACCAGCCAGGAGGGGGCGCUCUGCUGCAGAACUGCAUCUCUAAUCUGGUGAGCAGAGCUGUCGGUCCGGCUGACAGAGGUGCAACAGAGCAGGUUACUGUUCAGCCUGCAGCAGAGAACAUCGAGCAGAACGGCGUACGGACCAGCUCCGACACGGAACCGGACCCAUCUCUGCUUAGCUUCGCCCUUCUGCCACGCAUCCAUCUCCAUCGUUUAUCCACUCCUCCACCCAAGUCUUCCUCCUCUCCAUUCCUCCAGUUUGCCACUCGUCCUCCUUCCGGGGAAGAGAAAGGGGAGAAACAAGACUCAUGGAAUCCAACAUGGCGUCCAAGUGAUGGAGAUGCUGACCAACAGCAGUCUCGUCCUCCUGAUGAUGACAGUCCGUCGCCCACCAAAUCCCAAACGAAGAAGCAGCAGCGUCCUUCCUGUGAUGUGUGUGAGCAGACCUUCGGUAAUGCCCCUCAGCUGAGGCGCCACCAGAAAGUUGUCCACGGCCUGAAGAGUCAGACGUCGAAGAGGUUCGUGUGCGAUGUGUGCGGGAAAGUCAUGAAAUGUAAAGCCAGUCUGAGUCGACACGCCUUCAUCCACACAGGACAGAAACCCUUCGCGUGUCACCUGUGUGACUUGCGACUCAACCGCCUCACCAACCUGCAGCAGCACCUGAAGCGAAUGCACCCCAAUGGCAUGUCACGGGUGGAGAAGCCACACCGCCGCGACUGCCAGUCAUGGCUGUGCGAAGUGUGUGGAAAGGCCUUUGAGUGUCGCUCCAGAUUCAAAUCGCACAGCAUCAUACAUUCAGGGGUAAAACCCUACCCAUGUGACCUCUGCUCCAAGGCCUACAUGAGGAGCAUGGAUCUGGAUUAUCACAAGAAAACAGUACACGUGCAUGGAGCCAUGCAGCCGCCCAAGCCCAGCACGCUGCUGUGCGACUGGUGUGGAAAGGAGUUUAAAUGCAAAUCCCAGCUGGAAAUCCACUACCUGACCCACACUGGCGAAAGGCCUCACCUGUGUGACCUCUGCGGACGCAGGUUCGGCCGCCUCCAUCAGCUCCAACGCCACAAGAUCUGUGUCCAUGUCAACAGCAGCGGAAAGGAGGCAGUGUCUUCAUCAGCAGACUCGCCAUUUGUUUGCCAGGUUUGUGGCAAGCGGCUGAAAACUCGCCUGCUCCUGGAGGCUCAUUCCCGUGUCCACAGUGGAGACAAGCCGCAUCCCUGUAACCUCUGUUCACGCAGCUUCACCCGCGCCACACACCUCAAACGCCACUACAUCCACCUGCAUGCUCAGCUCAACGGAGACAAGACGCUGCUGUCCCGCUGCAGACGUGAUCCAUCCAUGCCGAGUCUCUUCUCCUGUCAGAUCUGUGGCAGUGGGUUCAAGUUCAAGUCAUGGCUGGCAGCUCACGCUCAGAUCCACACGGGAAUUAAACCGUACACUUGCGAGAUCUGUCAGCGUGCUUUUGGCCGUCUCAGUCACCUGAAAAGACACCGGGAGGCAGUCCACGCCAAUGGAGACAAAACUCCUGAGAGCUUCAUCUGCACAAUCUGUGGAAAAGACAAAAAGUGUAGGUCUCACCUGAAGAGACACAUGAUCAUCCACACCGGAGAGAAACCUUACGCCUGUCACCUCUGCGAGUCUCGUUUCAACCGCCACGGGAACCUGAAACAGCAUGUUCACCGUGUCCAUGGUGGGGUGAAUGCACCUGCUAAGGAAGAACUGCUCAGUGUCUUUGAGGAGGAAGAGGAGGGUCAGGGGCUCUCAGCGCCGACCUUUACCCUUUGACAUUAACAGUGUGGUUUCUGGUUUUGACGCCGGACUCGACACAUUGCCUCUGAACAAACGAAGUCACUGGCUACUUGUGAAGCUGCCUGUCUAACCCUCUGUGACCUCCGACCCCACCUAAAAACCCUGUAUUUCCAAUGCUGCUCUGCUGCAGCUAGCAGCGCUAACCAGAUGGUGUUGGGAAAUGCUGUGCAAAGCUUCUACUGCUGACAGCCUGUAGGAAGUAUGGAAUUCUUUUGGUUAAAGCUGAAAUAUUUUUUUAUCAUAUUAAACUCUCUAAGAAACGCUGCAUUUCCCUGAACCAUCAGACAGUCCUAAAGGAACGAGCUAACCGGUUAACAGAAUGGUGUUUGGCUGAAAUGCCCGUCAGGUAAAAUAUGGAGUUUCAUUGUGAAAUUUCAUGCUGAGUUCAUCUGAAGGACAUUUGUGGUUUAUGAUGAUGAGAUGUUGUUUUUUCUGUGACUCCAGUCAUUUUCCAAGCUGAGAUUCCUGCAGACUUCAUUUUCUUUCAUGAGCGAAAAAUAAAAUUCAACCUCAAGUCAAAAUGUAUUUUUUAUAGCUCCCAAUGGUUCCAGUACACUGGUAAAACUGGUGUAUUUGAUGUGCUGGUUGAAUAAACGCCAUUCUGAACAGAAAGUCUG